GAGGGCCCAGCACAGGGGUCUGGUUUCAUGAAAGAAACGUGCUGCUCUAGACCCCAGCUGCUGGAGAGAGCCCUGGAGAGUGGCUUUGGAGUUCUGGAUCGGGCUGUUUUGUGGAGGACUGACUGUCGAGCUCUGUGGUUCGGGCUUAAUAUUCUUGCUGUUCUCUGUGUAGCUUCUGCCCAUCGUUCUCGUCCCGGUUCACCUUGUGUCUCGUCCCCGUGUUCUGCUCCCUCCUCUCCUGGCGCUGCCCUUUCCUCCCUGUUGGCCGGUCUGUGUGCAGGGCCUAGGGUUGCCAGGCCGCACCUGAGAUUGAGGAAGACAGCCUAGGGAGCUACCCUGCUGUGGUGCCGUCGUGGGACAUCUGGAGUCAGACCUGUUCAGACCUCUACCCUUGGCAUCGGCCAGCUGUGGGAGGCUCAGAUUUGCUUGUAAAUGCAUUACGAAGAGGCAGCCCAGAAUGAAGAAAACAAGCAGGAGUGUUGGCUCAGUGCCUAAGGUGUCUGGGAUAAGCAAAGCGCAAACAGCAGACAAAACGAAACCCGAAAACAGCUCUUCAGCAUCUGCAGGAGGCAAACUCAUAAAACCUGGAACAGCAGCUUCGUUGUCAAAGACCAAGAGCAGUGAUGACCUUUUAGCUGGGAUGGCUGGAGGGGUGACUGUGACUAAUGGUGUCAAAGGGAAGAAAAGCACCUGCCCUUCCGCAGCACCGUCAGCAUCCGCCCCUGCCAUGAGCACCAUGGAGAACAGACCCAAGAGUAGCACAGGCACGAGUUCUUCAACCAAGCGGAGCACUUCCACAGGUAAUAAAGAAUCCAGUUCUACUAGAGAAAGAUUACGUGAACGUACCCGGCUAAACCAGAGCAAAAAACUACCUUCUGCAGGUCAGGGGGCUAAUGACAUGGCGUUGGCUAAACGUUCCCGCAGUCGCACGGCUACGGAAUGCGACAUUCGUAUGAGCAAGUCCAAAUCGGACAAUCAGAUCAGUGACAAAGCUGCUCUGGAAGCCAAAGUGAAGGAUCUUCUCACAUUGGCAAAAACCAAAGACGUGGAGAUUUUACAUUUGAGAAAUGAACUCCGAGACAUGCGUGCUCAGCUGGGCAUUAACGAGGACCCUCCUGAGGGGGAUGAGAAGUCCGAGAAGGAAGCCAUCAUUGUUCACCAGCCCACUGACGUCGAGUCCACUUUAUUGCAGUUACAGGAACAGAAUACUGCCAUCCGCGAGGAGCUCAACCAGCUGAAAAAUGAAAACAGAAUGCUAAAGGACAGGUUGAACGCACUGGGCUUCUCCCUGGAGCAGAGGCUAGACCAUUCUGAAAAACUGUUUGGCUAUCAGUCCCUGAGCCCAGAGAUCACCCCUGGUAACCAGAGCGAUGGAGGGGGGACUCUGACUUCCUCAGUGGAGGGCUCUGCCCCUGGGUCAGUGGAGGAUCUCCUGAGCCAGGAUGAAAACACCCUCAUGGACCAUCAGCACAGUAACUCUAUGGACAACCUGGACAGCGAGUGCAGCGAGGUGUACCAGCCCCUCACAUCCAGCGAUGACGCCCUGGACGCACCAUCGUCCUCGGAGUCAGAAGGCAUUCCGAGCAUAGAGCGCUCUCGGAAGGGGAGCAGCGGGAACGCCAGCGAAGUGUCCGUCGCUUGUUUGACGGAACGGAUACACCAGAUGGAGGAGAACCAACACAGUACGAGUGAGGAACUUCAGGCGACUCUUCAAGAGCUCGCUGAUCUACAGCAGAUCACCCAGGAGCUGAACAGCGAAAACGAAAGGCUCGGAGAGGAGAAGGUGAUUCUCAUGGAGUCGUUAUGUCAGCAAAGUGAUAAGUUGGAACACUUCAGCCGACAGAUCGAAUAUUUCCGCUCCCUUCUAGAUGAGCAUCACAUUUCCUAUGUCAUAGACGAAGAUGUAAAAAGUGGACGCUACAUGGAACUGGAGCAACGCUACAUGGAUCUAGCUGAGAACACCCGUUUUGAACGGGAGCAGCUUCUUGGCGUCCAGCAGCAUUUAAGCAAUACUUUGAAGAUGGCUGAGCAAGACAACAAGGAAGCUCAGGAGAUGAUCGGGGCACUCAAGGAGCGCAACCACCACAUGGAGCGAAUCGUUGAGUCUGAGCAGAAGGGCAAGGCAGCCUUGGCAGCCACACUGGAGGAGUUCAAAGCCACAGUGGCCAGUGACCAGAUCGAGAUGAAUCGCCUGAAGGCCCAGCUGGAGAACGAGAAGCAGAAAGUGGCGGAGCUGUAUUCCAUCCAUAACUCCGGAGACAAGUCUGACAUUCAGGAUCUCCUGGAGAGUGUCAGGAUGGACAAAGAAAAAGCAGAGACUCUGGCCAGUAGCCUGCAGGAAGAUCUGGCUCACACCCGGAAUGAUGCCAAUCGAUUGCAGGACACCAUCGCAAAGGUAGAAGAUGAAUACAGAGCCUUCCAAGAAGAAGCUAAGAAGCAAAUAGAAGAUCUGAAUAUGACAUUAGAAAAAUUAAGAUCAGAGCUGGAAGAAAAAGAGACAGAAAGGAGUGACAUGAAAGAAACGAUCUUUGAACUUGAAGACGAAGUAGAACAGCACCGGGCGGUGAAGCUUCAUGACAACCUCAUCAUCUCCGACUUAGAGAAUACAGUUAAAAAACUCCAGGACCAAAAACAUGACAUGGAAAGAGAAAUCAAGACACUCCACAGGCGACUUCGGGAAGAAUCAGCAGAAUGGCGGCAGUUUCAGGCUGAUCUCCAGACAGCGGUGGUCAUCGCAAAUGACAUUAAAUCUGAAGCCCAAGAGGAGAUUGGUGAUCUGAAGCGCCGAUUACAUGAGGCUCAAGAAAAAAAUGAGAAACUCACAAAAGAAUUGGAGGAAAUAAAGUCACGCAAGCAAGAGGAGGAGCGUGGCCGGGUGUAUAACUACAUGAAUGCUGUUGAGAGAGACUUGGCAGCCCUGAGGCAGGGGAUGGGGCUGAGUAGAAGGUCCUCGACUUCCUCCGAGCCGACCCCUACAGUGAAAACCCUCAUCAAGUCGUUCGACAGUGCGUCUCAAGUCCCCAGCCCUGCUACAGCUGCAAUUCCUCGAACGCCUCUGAGUCCAAGUCCCAUGAAAACACCCCCUGCGGCAGCCGUCUCCCCCAUGCAGAGACAUUCCAUAAGUGGACCAAUCUCUACAUCUAAACCCCUGACAGCCCUGUCAGAUAAGAGACCAAACUACGGGGAAAUUCCUGUUCAAGAGCAUCUACUAAGAACAUCUUCAACCAGCCGACCUGCUUCUCUGCCGAGAGUACCUGCCAUGGAAAGUGCCAAGACCAUCUCAGUGUCCAGACGAAGCAGUGAAGAGAUGAAGCGAGAUGUCUCUGCACCUGAGGGCGCGUCUCCUGCCUCGCUCAUGGCCAUUGGUGCCACGUCGCCACAGCUGUCCCUGUCCUCCUCCCCCACGGCCUCCGUGACCCCCACCACUCGAAGCCGGAUAAGGGAAGAAAGGAAGGACCCUCUCUCGGCAUUGGCGAGAGAAUAUGGAGGAUCCAAGAGGAAUGCCUUGCUGAAGUGGUGUCAGAAGAAAACCGAAGGCUAUCAGAAUAUCGACAUCACCAACUUUAGCAGCAGCUGGAACGACGGGCUGGCCUUCUGUGCUCUCCUGCACACGUACCUGCCCGCCCACAUUCCCUACCAGGAGCUCAACAGUCAGGAUAAGCGGAGGAAUUUCACCCUGGCCUUCCAGGCUGCCGAGAGUGUCGGCAUCAAGUCCACACUGGACAUUAACGAGAUGGUCGGGACCGAGCGGCCGGACUGGCAGAACGUGAUGCUCUACGUGACGGCCAUCUACAAGUACUUUGAGACCUGAGCACCUGAGGCCCCACGGUCACCCCGAACGCAGCUCCCUACACUCUGCCCCUGGCCGCCCCGCAGCGUGUGAGCCCCACCCCCGGCGGGCAGGGGACUCGGCCUGUGUGGCCCGCGCUUGGGCCAGGCUCUUCCACCUGGCCUCCGCGGCCAGGGCCCCGCGCACACGCUGACCUGCUGGAGAGAUUGGGGAACCAUUAGCACUGGGGUGGGAGGAAAGGCUCACUCACGGUCCAACCUAGGGAAGGGGAUUCGUGUGCGGGCAGCUCCCUAGGUUGUGAAAGCUUCCUGCAGCACCUCAACUGCUCACCCCUGAGAACCGGGGCGGGGUGGGGGGAAUGGGUACCUUAUAGGCCCCUGUUCCCCUCCUGUGUGACAGGGCAUCCUCGCCGGCGAUACGGACCGUGCCCCCCGCCCUCAGGCUCUGCCAAUCUCCAGCUCCAGGGGCUCGGAAACCCAGCACCAACCUCAGGGUUCCAGACAAAGGAAUCUUUCCUAAGGAGUUCUCUUUUUUUCUUAUGAGCAAUACUGGGGGGAAAUGGCUUUUGUUUUCUUGGUACCAAAGUUAAAUUGUUUUGGUAAGUGUAGCGAUAAAACACAAAAUCUGGACAUAAGGUGAUGAAAGCCAGAACCAACGUCGCAAGAAACAGGAGGAAAAGCUGAACAAGUCAAGGGGCCCAGAUGGUGCGAUUUCAGUCCCUGAGUCGCUCGGAAGUGACCCUCCUGGCUGGGGUGGAAGAAAGUGCCUUAGCUCUGCAGGGGAGGCUGCCGCCGCCAUCCAGACGACAACCCUCAGCAGCCCUUCUUGGGAACGGGGAGCUGCUGUUGGUUCAAACAGUUUCGAGACCUGCACUUCCAGGACACAAAUAAGCAGGAGGAAGAGCAGCCAUUGCCCCACAGAAUGCAAGGCGGGGGCUUGGGGAGGCCGCCCAGCCAGCCUGGGGGCUGCGGCUCCAUGCGUGAGCAGGAGGUUCAAGACCAGGGGUCGGACGAGUCAACAGCCCAGGGCAGAGGGCGGCUGUGAGACGGGCUGUACAUGCAGCCCGCUGGCCCAGGUCACCGGCUGCCACCCCCCGGGAGGCUCCUGGUGAAACGCCUGUUUUCAGCUGCAGAGCAGCGCCCAGCCCAGAGCACACAGGAGACCCCUCCUCCCUGACAGGCUCUGUCCUCGCAUCUGCUGCCCUGCUGGGCACCUGUGCUGUCAGCUGAGUGACUGUCAGGGGAGACUUGUUGCUUUUCAGUGUCUCUCCACUUGGUUCUUCUCUCAUCUGCCCUUAUGGUGGCCUGUGUGCCUGAUCUGCGGCCACAUUUUUGCCUAUUUAUUAUGUGAGGCGGCUGUUUUGGCCAAUGGAGACUUUCCUGGGUCUGCAGUUCACACCGCUGUCCCUGGCGGCUCCUGCUGCAGGGCCUGUGGGGGGGGUGUCGCCGGUGUCCUCUGGAGGAGCGUGGCCACUGCUGAUGGGCUGGUGUUGCCCGGCCUCAGCUCCCGGGGUUGGUGACGGGGCAGAGGGGGCUGCAGGGAGGGCUUCCUGGGUGCCCAGCUGCCUCUCUGACAACAGGCUGUGUGGCCAAGCCGCCCACGAUUUCCACAUGGAUCCACGGCUGAGAAGGUUCCAGAAGCAAGACAUUUCGCUUUUCCUGGUAGGAUCCUUGUACUGUUGGCUUUAAGGGGUGACCCUGGACGGUCCUGUGUUCCUAGAAGUGGUGCUGUGAGGUGCUUUGGGUCCAGUGGCAGUUGCUGCGAAGUCUCCAGGAGGACAUCCUGCCUCCUCCCUUUAAGCACAAGCUUUACUGCAAAAGGACCAGUGUUGGUUUUCUCUCGACCACAAGCUUCUGCUGACUGAUGAUACUGUUAAGUUUUUGUUCUAUUAAAUGUUCUUGAAUGUCCUAAAA